UUUGAGCUGUCAAACUGAUUUUGGUGAAUCAGUUUCAGCGUUUUAGCUCUCGGUAGACAGGAAAGUAACUGUUGACGUUACUUCAGAAUGGAUAGUCCACGCUGGUUGCCCCUGGAGUCAAAUCCAGAAGUCAUGACCAAGUUCGUCAACUGCUUGGGAAUGAGACCAACCUGGCAAUUUGGAGAUGUCUACGGAUUGGAUCCAGAGCUUCUCGGCAUGGUACCAAGACCAGUGUGUGCAGUGCUGCUUCUCUUCCCAAUGACAGAUAAGUAUGAGGCUUUCAAGCAAGAAGAAGAAGAGAAACUCAAGGGUCAGCGACAGGAGGUGUCUCCGGACGUCUACUUCAUCAAGCAAACUAUUGGAAACGCCUGUGGAACAAUAGGAUUAAUUCACGCAGUGGCGAACAACCAGGCUCACCUGGAAUUCGAGUCUGAUUCUCCACUGAAGAAGUUUAUCGAACAAACGUCUAAAAUGACCUCAGAGGAAAGAGCCGCCUUCCUGGAAAAAGACGAGAGUAUACGCGUUACACAUGAAUCCAGUGCACAGGAGGGGCAGACUGAGGCCCCAAGUUUAGAUGAGAAAGUGAACCUGCAUUUUAUAGCUUUUGUGAAUGUUGGAGGACAGUUAUAUGAACUGGAUGGCCGGAAGCCUUUCCCUAUUGUCCACGGAAAAACCUCAGAAGAUCGUUUCAUGGAGGACGCUGCAGAGGUUUGUAAGGUCUUCAUGGCUCGUGACCCUCAGGAGCUGCGUUUCACCAUCAUCGCCCUCUCCAAAGAUUAAUACCGAGGAAGCUCCCGUGUGACCCCCAGAAAACAAAGAAAAACAUUACUGCCAAACAUUCUCAAGUGCUGACUUCAUUGGAAUCCCCCACCCCCCCCCACCCCAAAAAAAAAUCCUUAUGGUGGAAAUUCUAAAAUAUCCGGGGUAUCAUUCUGUAGUAAUGUUAAAUUGUUUGGAUAUAAAUCACUUGAAAUUCUAAGGGAGUCAGAGUGCUGCUAAAAGUAUUUCCUGUUAAGAUCACAAUCUUCCGUUUCUUCACUGCUGAAGCCUCUCUAACUGUAAAACAGAUAUCAGCUGUACUAUCUUGACACUGCACUUAAGUUUGUUUACAUGGCAUGUUUGGCUUUCAAUGAAGAAGGAAAGGGAAAAAAGAUUCUUCAGCUCAACUUCUUCUUUUUUUUUAUGUGCUCCGUGUUCAAUGACACAUGCUGCAUGUAUGGAUUUGUUUUUGAUCAUGUGUCCAACCACAUGUUCAAAACCAGCUGAAGAAAGAAGUUUGGCAAGGCUUUCAUUAAUAAGUCAUACCUUUGAAGAAACAGAGAAGCCUAACUCUGUUGUAUGCAGUAAUAUUGUUAUGAAAAGCUGAUUUAAAAAAAAAAAAAAUGCAAACUGUACAUCCAUGUGGAAGGUGCCUACAUUUUCCUAAUAAGAAUUACAAAUUCUGUCAAAUAAAAGGCAAAUUUAUUAAA